GAACAAUGAACGCUGCGCCAUGUUGCUUGCACCAGAAACCUCGGACGGAAGUCCCAGAUGCGGGACGUCGGUGUCCGGCAUUCGAUGUGCUUGAGAUCGCCAUCAGCUCUCUUUGCAGCGUCGUGAUGUGGGAGUUCACGGUCCAGAAUGAAGUUCCUCGGAGGGAUGAACGAGUGCUCGAACAGCAUGGAGCCAGAGGGCUGACCGGCAUCUUCGAUUUCCGACCAUCUCCUGCCCUCAUGCUCUUCUCGUGUCUGCUAUUCGGCUGCUGUGUGUCGUCAUUCGCACUCGGAAGACACAGCCGGGAUCCAUUUCAAUCUCUCGUUUUUCUCGUUCUGAUUGGGGGGGCGGCUCUGGCCGGGUACGCUGUUCAGGAGGAUGUUCACCUGAUUCUCCUGGGUUAUCUCCCCUGGGCGACGUGCGCGGCCAUGGCCAUCAGCAUCUCGUGCCACAGCCUGUACAGACGGCUGAGGUCGAAUGGUGCAACCAAGCAGGGAGACGAGCAAAAGGCUAAACUCUUGGGCUAAGUCAUGGGUGAACGGGUAACUACGACACGGUCAUGACCGAGCGUCGUCUGCACCAUUGCCUCGAGCGGCAUUUAACCACGCUUGAGUGAAGGAAUGGGCGUGGGUACAAAGAAUACGUUUCGGAAUCAAUGGAUGGGUUGGAAAACCGUAUAAGCGCGUCUCUGGUGUAUUCUGCAGGCAGCGAAACACCCGAGCACAACCGGCGAGGGUGAUGUGCCUUUCAAGUUGCCUGAACAGCGAGCGAGUUGGGCCCCGAUUGCUCCAGU